AUGAACUGUUCUAUCAAAAUAGUCUCUAUUCUUCUCAUCAUAAACAUUAUUUUUCCAGUUGUAAUAUGUGAUAAUUCGUAGGUUUUUUUCAAAUGUUCACAAAGUUGAAUAUAAAUUUCAGAUGGGGUGCAUCAGAUGUGACAUCCACAACUGCAAAUGUACUGAUGUCAACCACAACAAAACCGCAUAGAAGCUGGCCUAUAGUAAGUUUUAUUUUUUUAAAUCACAUAAUGGAUUUUAUUGUUUCAGUAUACAUGUUGGGGGUGGAUUGGUAGAAGACGGUGUGGUUUUCGUCCAUACCCAAGAUACAGAUCUUCAUCAACUUUAUCUGAUUACUUACCAUCGGUUUUGAUUUUUGGUUUUCUUUAUUUAUUGAGUUGA